CUUACCGUCUCCGUGUUUUUACACAUAUCAUAAACUUUAUACGCUCAAGUCGCCGCUGGAUGGUUGUUUUUAAACUACUUUUUUUGGUAUACUGGAAAGGCGAGAGCUACUGACCGUUCGUCGCUUCCGCAAGCAACCGCCGGCCGGGAGUAGAGGCUCACCCUCAGCGUCCAGAUUUUAAAACGGUAUGGCAGCAAUUCGCAAGAAGCUGGUGAUUGUAGGAGAUGGAGCAUGCGGGAAAACAUGUUUGCUUAUCGUGUUCAGUAAAGACCAGUUUCCUGAAGUCUACGUACCAACAGUGUUUGAAAACUAUGUUGCCGACAUUGAAGUUGACAGCAAACAGGUGGAACUCGCUCUGUGGGAUACAGCAGGACAGGAGGACUAUGACAGGCUUCGUCCUCUUUCAUACCCAGACACUGAUGUCAUUCUUAUGUGUUUCUCUAUUGACAGUCCUGACAGUUUAGAGAAUAUUCCAGAGAAGUGGACUCCUGAGGUCAAACACUUUUGUCCAAACGUUCCAAUCAUCCUUGUGGGCAACAAAAAAGACCUGCGCAAUGAUGAACACACACGCAGGGAACUGACCAAGAUGAAGCAGGAGCCAGUUAAAGCAGAGGAAGGGAGAGACAUGGCCAAUCGAAUUGGAGCAUUUGGUUAUAUGGAAUGUUCUGCCAAAACAAAAGAUGGCGUUCGGGAGGUGUUUGAAAUGGCCACUAGAGCGGCGCUACAGGCACGCAGGGGAAAGAAGAGCAACAAAUGCUGUCUGCUGUGAAUACUUGCCAUUGGACUGCCUGCACUGGGGCACAAACAGAGUGUGUGUGAGGGGCACACUUCUAUUUACACAGUCAUACACCUCCCCUCACAUUCGCCAAAUGCUUUUGGGAAGGAGAUCCCAGAAAAAAAAGCUUUGUUUUGUCUGUUUGUUUGUUUUUUCCUUUUUUGGUCUUCUAUUUUUAGUCAUGGAGAUGUUUAUCAGUAUUUAAGAGAACUUUGAGGAAUGGGACUUUUUUUGAUGCUUUACCAGAAUUUGUGGUAUCAUUCAAGCUUGCCCAUCUGCCAAAUGCUGUCAUGUGACCCUGUGGGCUGGAUGGGAGCUGCCAAUCAACACUUCAGCACAUCCCUCAAAUGCUGGGCUUUUUUUCUGCAACGUGAAAUAGGGCUGAACUUGAUCGUUUCUGUAUGUAUUAAUAAGUUUAAGGAUUUCUUUUAGAUCAGGGCAGGAUUGGCAAUUUAGAACAAAAGUACAAAAUAGGGCAUGGGAUGGGAGGGGGGGUUGAUAUGUAUACAUGUACAUACGAACAUGUGUGUAUUUAUAUGUGCACGCAUUCAGGACUGGAAACCGUAUUUGUAAACUAGACUUGGUAAUCUUGUGUAAUAAAAGAUGUUCUAUAAGGAGCAA